GUUCUUUGUUCUGCCCCGGGUGUGUGUGUUUGUGACAGGGUCCGGCAGGGCCUGGCCCCUUUCCGGCCCCUCAAGUCUCCCGUCCCUGCCCCCAGGCUCUUCCUUCUUCAAAAGUUCAUGCCUUUUCUGACAAGGACAGCUUAGGGAAUGAGAUGUUGACAGCUGCACGCCUAAAGGCCAAGGCCCAGGAGUUGGUGACAUAUGAGGAUGUAGCUGUGUACUUUAUCCGAAAAGAGUGGAAACGUUUGGAACCUGCUCAGAGAGACCUCUAUAGGGACGUGAUGCUGGAGAAUUACGGGAACGUGUUCUCACUGGAUGGAGAGAACAGAAGUGAGAACGAUCAAGAAAUUUCUGAAGAUACAGGAUCACAUGGGGUACUGUUGGGAAGAUUCCAAAAGGAUAUUUCUCAGGAUCUUAAAUUCAAAGAAGCCUAUGAACAGGAAGUCAGUCUAAAGCGGCAGCUAGAGAAUGCCUCUGGAGAGAGAUUGGCUAGGAAGAUACAAGAUUUUGAUCGAGUGACACCUGAGGAGAAGCUAACCCCUAUGGGAGAGAGAUGUGAGAAAUAUAAUGAUUUUGGGAAUCGCUUCACUGUGAGUUCUAACCUUAUUUCACAUCAGAGACUUCCUAUGGGAGACAGACCCCAUAAAUGUGAUGAAUGUAGCAAGAGCUUCAAUCGAACUUCAGACCUUAUUCAACAUCAGAGAAUCCACACUGGGGAAAAGCCCUAUGAAUGUAAUGAGUGUGGGAAGGCCUUCAGCCAGAGUUCACACCUGAUUCAGCAUCAGCGAAUUCACACUGGUGAAAAACCUUAUGAAUGUAGUGAUUGUGGGAAGACCUUUAGUUGUAGCUCUGCUCUUAUUCUCCAUCGUCGGAUCCACACUGGGGAGAAACCUUAUGAAUGUCAUGAGUGUGGAAAGACCUUUAGCUGGAGCUCCACACUCACUCAUCAUCAGCGAAUCCACACUGGAGAGAAACCCUAUGCUUGUAAUGAAUGUGGAAAAGCCUUCAGUAGGAGCUCCACCCUUAUUCAUCAUCAGAGAAUUCACACUGGAGAGAAGCCCUAUGAAUGUAACGAGUGUGGGAAGGCUUUCAGCCAGAGCUCACACCUUUAUCAGCACCAGAGAAUCCACACUGGAGAGAAGCCCUAUGAAUGUAUGGAAUGUGGAGGGAAGUUUACCUAUAGUUCAGGCCUUAUUCAGCAUCAAAGAAUUCAUACAGGGGAGAAUCCCUAUGAAUGUAAUGAAUGUGGGAAAGCCUUCAGGUAUAGUUCAGCUCUUGUUCGCCACCAGAGAAUUCACACUGGAGAGAAGCCUUUGAAUGUAAUGGGUAUGAGCAGAAGUUCUCUCAGAGUUACUGCCGAAUUAAACACCAGGGAGUCUACAUGA